AUGGCCUUCUGACAAUCCACGCCGAGGCGGUUGGAGGGAUAACGCAGCAUGAGCGUCAAGGAAGCAUUGAGCAAGAUCCUCGUCGUCGUCGGGACGACGGGCGCAGGCAAGACGAAGCUAUCGAUUGACCUCGCCAAGGCGCUCAAUGGCGAGAUCGUCAACUCGGACGCGAUGCAGAUGUACCGAGGUCUGGACGUGGCAACGGCCAAGGUGACACAGGAGGAGAUGGACGGCGUGCCGCACCACCUCUUGAGCUGCAUCGACCCCGUCGAAGAGUGCACGGUCAUCCAGUACAAGGCCCUCGCCAUGCGCACGAUUCAAGAUAUCAUUGCGCGCGGCAAGGUGCCGGUCAUCGUCGGCGGUACCAUGUACUACACGCAGUCGCUGCUCUGGAACGGCCAGCUCCUCGAAGACGUGCCUGGCUCCAACGGCGACGCCAGUCCUGUGCCGCUACCGUCGUCGCCCGAAGAGGUCUACCGCAAGCUCCAAGAAGUCGACCCGGUCAUGGCCAACGGUUUGCACUCAAAAGACGUUCGCCGGGUGCAGCGCAGCCUCGAGGUGUUCUACCAAACCGGCAAGCGGCACAGCGACUGGAUUGCUGAGCAAAAGGCGGAAGAAAAGCUCUUUGACGCGUGUGCCUUCUGGGUCGACUGCGACCGCCCGGUCCUGAACGCCCGUCUCGACAAGCGGGUUGACAAGAUGGUGGUCGACGGUCUCGUGCCCGAGAUCGAAGGGUUGAUGACCGAGAUCCGCGACCACGUGGCUGCGUCACCAGUUCCGAUGGGACUCAAAGGCAUCACGCAAGCGAUUGGCUUCAAGGAAUUUGAGGUGUACUUGACGGCAAAAGCCCAAGGCGUCGACGAUGAUGCGCUGCACUCGGUCCUCGCGAAUUGCAUCGACGAGCUCAAGGUUGGCACGCGCCAGUACGCCAAGCGCCAAGUGACAUGGAUCAAGAACCGGUUCGUGCCCCGGAACGUGCCGGUGUAUCGCUUCGACACGUCCGUGGUCGACGCGUGGCCAUCGGUGGUCGCAGCUCCUGCAAUCGAGAUUGCCACGUCGUUCCUUCGUGGUUUGCCCAUUAUGACGCAGGCGACGUGUCAAGAGACCGACGGCGUGAGCGAGAAGAAGGGGCCGAAAACCAAGUAUAUGUGCACAGAGUGCGGCGGGCGCGAGUUUGUCGGACAAGUGCAGUGGAACGAACACUUGCGCUCGAAAGGCCACCGCUUUCACCUCAAGCGCCUCCGCCUCCUUGCGUCCGGGCAGCUCUUUGAACGCGCCUCGAAAAAGCCCAAGCCAGUCGCCGACGAGAAAGCUACGACAAACAACGAGCUUGAAUAGAUACUACCACUGUACAACUGCUUGGUCAAGACCUCCACCACGUGCCAUGCGUGGGGUUAGGGUUCUG